CUUUGCAGACAACAAUUGGAGGCAUUCUCUACGUGCUGCAAAGAAGACGCGGGGGAAGGGAGUGUUAAUGUUUCACUCCCACUCAGAGAUGGGAGGCGGCGGGGACUCGGCGCACAGCUGGACUGUAAAGGUGGCUGAAGGCAACAGCCGCAGUUUGGUCUCAGUUCAAGUUUAAACAGGCAAGAAAGCAGGAGGAAGAAAUUGCAGAGAAACAGUCCAAGAUAGAUGCUCACUGGACUGGGCAAAACUCUUGUGGCAUUGGUCCUUUGCUUGGCAGACUUUCCACAUGUUUUUGGAUUAUAGAGAGACAUGGGCAAUUUCAAAGGUCAUGCUCUGCCUGGGAGUUUUUUCCUCCUCUUUGGCUUGUGGUGGUCAGUGAAGUACCCACUAAAAUAUGUCUGUCGAAAGAACAAGAAUGCUUGUUACCUUGGUUCCAGGGCAGGAUUUCAGCGCCUGGAAUUUAUUGAGGGGAUCGUCAAAGCAGUAUUUGCCCUGAUUGGUAUGAUAGCUGAGCAGUUUGUUCCUGAUGGGCCUCAUCUGAAGUUGUAUAAUUAUGAGGAAAAACACUGGGAUCACUUGAUGAACUGGCAGCAUGCCACCAUGUAUCUCUUCUAUGGCAUCUCAGGGCUGGUUGACAUUGUGGCUCAUGGCACCAAUGCAUUGCCAGUGGCCUUGGAUAGGAUGAUGCUUUCGUUAGCAGUUUUCAUUGAAGGUUUUCUCUUUUAUUACCACAUACAUGGGCGAGCCAUGCUGGAUUUUCAUGUUCAUCAGUUACUUUUAGUGGCUAUCUUUGGAGCAGCUUUUUGCAUAUUUCUGGAAGUCUUCUUCCGCGGCAGCAUUGUCCUUGAGAUGCUCCGGACGAGUCUCUGCAUUCUGCAAGGUAGCUGGCUCUGGCAGAUUGGUUUUGUACUUUAUCCUCCAAAUGGCAGACUGGAAUGGAACCAAAUGGAUCACAAUAAUAUGAUGUUCUUGACAAUGUGCUAUUGCUGGCAUUAUGCCUUUGCUUUUCUUAUACUUGCAAUGAAUUACACUAUUGUCAGCUGGGUGGUUCGUUCAAAGAUUAAACAGGCACAGUCCGUGGAGAUGGGAUUACUGAAAACAUCCGAACGAGAUCAGGAAUCAGAAGACGAAAUCUAUGCUCUCAUGUUUUCAUCAUACUCUCCAAGGCAAGAUCCAGGUUCUGCAGUCCUUAUGUAAGCAGUCACACUCACUGAUGGAGGUGAGUAAGAGCAACAGGAUCUGGAUCUAAAUUUGUGUGCUUCAUCUGAAUUUAUCCUUGUCCUUUCGAUAUAAAGCAGAAAAAAGUAUAGCUUAAAUAAAGCUAAUUGCAGUAAGACUACCACUCUAAAAAUAUAAAACUAUUAUUUAAAGUAGUUUAUAGCUGUAAGGAAGACCAAGGAUAAGGAGAAAAGCUCAAGACCCUUUACUUAUAGCUACUUUACCUUUAAAUGCACACAAAUACAUUAUAGGCUACAUUUUUCAGGGAAUCUUCCCUUCAGUUGUCAGUUCUUUAAAGGUUGGAGCUGGUCACUUUAGAAUUUCUGGCUUUUCAGAGCUUUUCUAAUAUAAGCUACAUUUUAAAAUCUUUAACUCUGGACUAAAUUUUAAAAUGGUGCACAUGUUAAAUUGACUAUAAAGCACUUUGCUCAGGUACAGCACAGGCAGCAGCAAUGCAAGCUUUCUCAUUGCCCUGCCAAUAACAACACUUACCGGUAGUACUGUAAAACUAUUAACGUGCCUCAAGCCCUGACCUGAAGGGACCAUGUAAGCAGGAGAAGAGAGCAGUAACUCUCUGAGCACUGGAAAUGUUAAAGGAUGCAGUUUGCUUGGAGUAUUUUUUUUUUCAAUAUAAAGAUUUUAGAUGGUCACUUUGAAUUACUUCUGGUGCCCACCAAGUAUCUUGCUACUUGUCAGUAGAUCUGAGAAUAAUUAUUGAUUAGUAAUAAAUAUGAACCUGAAUCAAAACCUUAGAACAGAACACUCUCAAACUUUCCAUCUAAGUUCUUAUACUACCCACCACUGUGAGAUGGGAAAAUUUAGCUCCAGAUCCAAACUUCACAGUUGGUAUCCAUUACUAAAUAACUGUUUGUUCUUCUGUAGUGCCUUUCAUUGGAGGCUUUUGCAACUCUUUGAAAACCUUAAUGAAGUCUGCUUCACAAUACUGCUGUGAGUGAGGUAUCAUUCCUCCUAUUUUAUAUAUGGACAUUUCCAUAUCAGCAGGACUUAGUCGUACUGCAGUCUGUGACAUUACCUUCUCAGUGCAGCUGAAACUCAGAAGGAAGUGAUACCUACCCCAUUCUGCAAAUCUAGGAUUUUUGUGGCACUUGAAGGGCCACAUUGUCCCAUUAAUUACACUAGUGGAGCCUCAUGAAAAUAUUUUUUUUUCUGCAGACAUAAAUGAAGGCAGCUCCAUUGAGUUCAAAGGAGUUUUGUCUGUUUACAGCAACAGAAGAUUUGGCUCAGUGUGGUUGCCACUGAACCGGAGACAAUGACCAUAAUCAAAAAAGAUGCCCAUAGGGCAGCCUGGGGUUGAACUCAAGGUGCUAAACAGAGUUAAAAGCAGUAUUGCUGUGUCUUAAUUGCUAUUCUAACUGGAGUUAUCCAAUGUGGAUUAUCUAACCAAAUGAAGAAUAUACUUUUUUUAAGGGGGGGGAGAAGGGGGGAGGAGUGUAGACAUACCUUAAAAGUGCUCCUCCUUUCCCUGUCUCAGUCUUAAAAUCCUAACACUGAACUCUUGGAAUUACCAGAGUUCAUGUAAUUAAACCCUGGAAAAUUCCAUCAGUGGUGAUAGUGCCAUAGGUUGUUGUGAGGGAAAAAUCAGAUAUGAUUCACAAUCUGCUAAGAGGGGACAUGUACAGCUCCCUGUGCUAGAUUUAGUGAGUGACCCAUACAGUUGUCUGAGAAUUGGAUGACCAAGUUUGCUGGAUACAUUUUGUCUGUUUUGGGUCAGAUACAAAUCUCUAGAAAUGACACUUCCAGAAUUCCAAUUGAGAAGUUAGAAGUCAACACUUUUUGUGACUAAUCCUAUCAUUUCUUUUAUGCACAAAAUACCUUCUUUUACUAAAGAUGGCAUUACAAAGAGGCAAAAUAAAAAAGGGUUUUAAAGUGUUCAGGAUGUUCAAUAAUUUUCCCUCCAAGUUUUUCCUCCCCUAUUUCAUGCUGUCUUUACCAAAUCUGUCUUGUAGGCAAGCUUCUUACUCUACUGUAAAGAUGGAACUGAAUCUAUACCCUACCUCUCAACAAAUACAAGCAUUGGCAUAUGUUGGAAUCUGAAUCUUAAUAUCAAGGCUGACCUGAACUCUGUAAUGGACCAAACCAAAACCCCAGAGCUGAAUACACCCGCAUCCCAAGCCUUAAAAUGUUCAAAAUCCAGAUCUGAAUCUUUCAGCUCAGGCCCAUCUCUACUCUAAAGCUAGUAACUUACUAGCUGCUUAUGGUUCAUUGUGAGUAGUUUUUAACGCACAGGGCUUGAUCCUACUAAGUGGUGAGAGACCUCAACAUCCACUGACUUAAGGUGAGAAUGAUAACUAUUAUUUCAGUAAUGCUUCUGUCUCCUUAUCCCACAAAUACUACAGUAUAAUGGCUACUUUCGAAUGAUAAGAAAAAUAAGAGACUAACUUCAAUACAUGCACAACUAUUUGAUGCCAUGAUAUAAAUGUCUCAAAUUUGGAGAAACAUGAAUUGGAAAAAACAGAUGCUAAAGCCUCAAAUUUUAAGACUUCUUGAAUUUCUGUACAAAUGUCUGGUCUUAAAAUCAAAUACAAGUAAAAGCAAAGGGAAAAUUGUAAUAUAUUUACAGAAUCUGUAAUAUAAAAAGAUGCAGUCAUUUUCUCAAACUGUGUAGUAUUGUUGUAAUAGCAUCAUGAAAGAAAUCAAGCAGUAUAUUUUUAGGAGGAAUCUUUUAUUUGUUUUUAAGCAGAACGAUUCAUUGGGUGUCUUCAAAUGCUGUUUCUGAUUGGUUAUGUUUUGAACACUACUCUCUGUUAAUACUAAAGAAAUAUGACCUUUGGCAUUCCUUUAUCAAUAGUUUCUCUUUGAAUUCAGAGAAGGGAUGGAAGUGUGCCAGGUUUACAAACAUACCAGUUAAAAAAGAUAGUGCUUUAAUGAAACUUUAAGUUAUUAUUAAAUAUGUGUGCCUUUAAAAAAACCACAAUAGUUAAUAACAAACAAGAUGUGCCUGUAAUUUUAUUUAA